AUGUCGCCUGUCGUCUAUCCUUACCUUGUCACCAACAGCUACAAAGGGGGCCUCUUCAUGCGAACCUACAGCCGCAACGUACGGCGCGCCUGGGAUGGCGAAGACUACCGUCCACCAAAACGCCUUCGCCUCAAUGAUACGUGGAACGCGACGUCGUCCUCAGCUCCCACGAUCAAUGAAAACACACUGCACCCCCUCGACCUCGAAGACAGUCUUGAACGCGCGAUUCGAGAAACGAGUGUCGCCGCUCUAUCGUCCUCACCCUCACGCAAAAAUAGCACUAUCUUCUCGGCCGUGGAGUCACAGGGCGAUGAGCUAGGCUCCAGCACCAUCACCCCACCAUCCUCACCACCCCCCGAGUUGCAGCUCACGCCACCCAACGUCAAGGUGCGAAAGCCUACAUUCUCAUGCCUCAAUAAGGGGAUCAAAGACAAGAAGGACGCGAAACCUGCAAAGCGGAAACGCGAUGAACAAUCAGGAGGCCUCACUGCGCCUGUAAGCACGCGUCUCGAUUCAGAACCCCUUUCCGAGAUAUUCAAUUCCAGUCUACGCGCGCAGAACUCGCAGCCCCCGACCAAUCCCGAUCCGCCGCAGCAAGAGGCGGAAAGAACACCAGUAGCACGGCCAACGAUUCAGAUCCCAAGACCAGCACCCCCUCCCAAGCCGAAGCUGGUACAGACGGUACUCGAUUUGGGUCAACAUCUCCUCCCAGCGACAUGCCCUCAGUGUCAGAUGUCUUAUAUGCCUUCGGUGCCGGAGGACGCCCAAUUACACAAUAUGUACCACAAUCGAGACAGCUCGGGAAUCGAACUCGGCAAACCAUUCCUUAAGUCGGCAAUGCGUUGGUGCUACCAAGUUCCCCAAAUUCCUGGCAGUGUUAUCGUUGUGGAUCGCAAAAUGGCUCUCCCCACGCGACGCGUCGUUCAAAAGGUGCUUGGCAUUGUCAACAAGGAGCUCGGCAGUGUAGACAUCAAAGAGGAGGAAUUGUGGAGCCAGCGCGUUCCAGAGGGUGAGAAGGAUGAAGAAUCGGGCGGCAAAAAAUGCGACAGAUACAAGGCCUUCCUACACAUACUAGCCGAAAAGUGCGUCGGAAUCUGUCUUGCCGAGCGCAUCACCAAGGCGCACAGAGUUCUCCCCAGUGAGACAGCUACAAGCGAGACUCUACCACUCAACGGCCACUUCGGAUGCAAAAGACCAGCAUCGCCGGCACCGACAGAGACGCACGAGGAGGACCAGCGCUCCAUUUCGCACAAACCCCAGAUUCCUACUCCGGUCGCCAGUCCGACUGCUUCUUCACCUCCAUCGAGCAUCUGCAUCUCCGAAGAGACGUACCCUGCAGUGGUAGGAGUGAGUCGGAUCUGGACGAGCAAGGCUUUCCGACACAAAGGAAUCGCCAAUAAUCUUCUCGAAUGUGUUAUGAAUCAAUUUAUUUACGGGUUGGAGCUUGAGCCGCUGCAGGUCGCGUUCAGUCAGCCAACAGAAAGCGGUGCCGCGUUGGCGAGAGCGUGGUUUGGUGAGAGAGAUGGCUGGGCUGUUUACAGAGAAAAUUGA